CUGUGAAUGACGGCAGAAGUUGUGCAGAAAAUCGCGAUCAGAUGAGGCGGAUGUGAGUUUUUCUGCAGACAGGUCUGUAGACCCAGAGCCCCCCCCUCGGUCUCCCUCUCACACACACACCGGAGGAUGAUCCCAGGCGCCCCCAGCACCACCACCACCAUGCUCCCCGCCUCCGAGGCUGCCAAGAUCUACCAGACCAACUACGUGCGCAACUCGCGCGCCAUCGGCGUCCUGUGGGCCAUCUUCACCAUCCUCUUCGCCAUCGUCAACGUGGUGUGCUUCAUCCAGCCGUACUGGAUCGGGGACGGCGUGGACACCCCGCAGGCGGGCUACUUCGGGCUGUUCCACUACUGCAUCGGGAACGGCUUGUCCCGGGACUUGACCUGCCAGGGCAGCUUCACCGAGUUCGCCAGCAUCCCGUCCAGCGCCUUCAAGGCUGCGUCCUUCUUCAUCGGCAUGUCCAUGGUGCUGGUCCUCACCUGCAUCGGCUGCUUCGCGCUCUUCUUCUUCUGCAGCACCGGCACCGUCUACAAGAUCUGCGGCUGGAUGCAGCUGGCUGCAGGCACGUGUCUGAUCCUGGGCUGCAUGAUCUACCCGGACGGCUGGGACAGCGACGAGGUGAAGCGGAUGUGCGGCGAGCAGACGGACAAGUACACGCUGGGCGCCUGCUCGGUGCGCUGGGCCUACAUCCUGGCCAUCAUGGGCAUCAUGGACGCCCUCAUCCUCUCCUUCCUCGCCUUCGUGCUGGGGAACCGGCAGGACAGCCUGAUGUCUGAGGAGCUGCUGGGAGACAAGAGCGGGAACAACGCCAUAUAACCCCAGAACGGGAAGCUGUCUCUCACACAGGCCUCAAUGCCUAGAUGUGAUGUUCCAUCAGGAUCCGGCGUCCUCCUGGUCCGCGGUGUGGCUGGGACACCACGCUGAUGUGUUGGGAAUCAACGGUGCAAAGGAGGAGGAAGAGUGUUGGAAAACCAGGAUGCCUCUUUGUGUUCUCUGAAAGCUCCCUCUGUAAAAUACGCCUUCAUAUUCAUGUCAGACUGCGGGGUGAAAUCUU